AUGGACUUGGACCCAAGGCUUUUUAACAUUUGCCGAUGGAUUGGAUUCAGAGGCGACAGAUUUAGAGGUUGAGGAUGAAAGUUUACAUCUUCAUUUUUUAUCAGGAGGCGAAUCAGAGCCAGAAUCUGUGUUAUCAGCAACACCCAAGACAAAGAAAAGAACAGCCACAUCAUUGCAAUCUACAGGUUUAAGGAAAUCUCCUAGAAAACCUGCCAAAGACAGGCUCUAUGAAACCCUGCAGUUUUCUUGAUGUGAGGCUGGAGAUGAAGAUGAACCCCAACAUGAUCCUCCAGCACAAAAGGAGUGCAGUGAAGGACUCUUAUUUAAAUAGUCAACAGACGGAUUUGAAAUGGAACUAUGGUACAGCAAAAGAUUCAUGGAUGAAGAAAAUGUACCACUGACAGUAUUUAUGCGGAACGUUGUACAAGGGAUUGCGCCAGAUGAAAGAAUUGAUGUCAUAGAUGCUGCCAUUAAAAGAUAUUUUACAUCCAAAAAGGAGGCCAACAAUAGGCACAAUAAGAAUAAAGAAGAGUUAAAUAAAAAGAGGCAAGCAACAUAUGAAAGAAAGAAAGAGAAAUUGAAGAGGAGACUUGUUGCGGUAGAGAAGAAGACGGGAUGGACCGAGGAGAAGAAAAAUAAAGUUAGAACAUUUUUCCAGCUACAAUAUGCUCACAAAUAUAUGAGCAGUGAUGAGGAGGGAGAUGAUGGUUUUGUGUCCCAUCCAUAUUCCUGGGAGAGUGAGGAAUUACAGAAAGUUAAAGGAAGUCUGGACAAAAAAUAUUUAGAGACAUGUCCUCCACGUAGCAAGAGGUUAUUGUCCAAAAAAGUAGGGGGUCUCUAAGAGAAGAAGAGCUUCCUAAAUUGAACAUUAUUCAU